AACCAGAAUACAUCUUCUUCAAAUUCUCGCCAAUGUCGAGCUACCGUUCUCCGCGUUCAUCUCCUUGGCGGCGUAAAAGACUGAGGACGAACUCACUCCCUCUCGACCUCCUCCACAACGUUCUCUCUCGCCUACCCACGACACUGCUCCUCAAGCUGAGGUACGUCUGCAGAGAGUGGCGCGACAUCAUCAAUGAUCCGCACUUUGCCGCCAUGCACGUCAAGAGCGGCGUCGAGAAUCCCCGGAUUCUGCUGCUCUCAAAGCCGAGUCGCGGUGCAGAUCCCAGAUUCACGGUGAGCGACGAGCUCCUGGUGACUUCGCUCCCCAAAUCGGCCGUGACGGCGUGGUCCCACGGAGUUGGAGCUUCAUGUCACGGGUUGCUCUGCUUUGACGACCUCCUCCACGGCGGUACCUAUCUGCUCAACCCUCUGACCCAAGAAAUCGUGUCGCUGUCGAGCGUCGGGCCGUGCAAGCGGUGGCACCAGCACCGGAUAGCCAUCGGGGUGGACCACUUGACCAGCCGGUACAAGAUCCUGCGCAUGAGCUCGUUUAUCGGUAAAGACCGCAAAAUUUGCUCGAUGAGGGCAGAGGUCCUCGAUCAGGGCUCGAGGUCGUGGAGGGACAUAGCGAGCGUCCCUCCCUGCCUCCUCCUCGGAAAACCGGUGUUCACGGCCGGAUCGAUCCACUUGAUCGUCACCGGCGCCGGCGUCCGCGUUCCCAGGAUCUUGUCAUUCGACCUGGCAAAGGAGGAGUUUGCGCGGACUCCGAGCCCAGAGUUUUGCGAGGCCAGCCUCGUGGACCUCCGGGGAGUUCUGGGGCUCGUCGACAGCUCGCAUGAGGAGAGCCACGAUGUGUGGGUGAUGGAGGAGAGUGGGGUGUGGGCGAAGAAGUAG